AUGACGACUCCAAACGUCGAGCGCCCAGAGCCGACGUAUGAAAUGGACAGUACCAUGCCCUACCACCGUCAGCGAUCUUCCGACGAAGAUGGCACCGUUUGGGGGGACGAGCAUAACCCACCGCACUCCCAAUCCGCCCCACGGCCCCAUCACAACCGAUCGCAGUCGGGCGCCCACCUCACUGUCGACACCGAGCAAGACAUUCCGCCCAUGAAGGGCGUGCAAUCGCCAACCCAGACCCGCGAGCAGGCCAGCAGACUCAAUGAUGACCUUGCCCUGCUCGCAGUCGAGCGCGGCCUGGACGAGAAGGAGGCUCUUAUGCGGAACCAGUCCACCAACCGCUCCAUGACACGCGUGCGCUCUCGCCGCGAGGACCUUGUCGACGACUUUGAUGCUGCGACGAACCCACUGCACGAGCAGGCCGCUCGCUAUACGCCCCCAGAGAACCCAACCACCAGCUUCUCCAAGUUCUUCAAAAAGGUCCACAACUCGUCAUGGCUCGUUCGCUACUUUACCUACAUCACCCCCAUGGUCUUGAUCAUCUUGAUUCCCCUGCUCAUCGGCGCAUUGGCCUUCAAAGAGGCCACUGUCGGCGGCGUCAAGCUCGUCUGGUUCUCCGUCUGGCUCAUGAUUGUCUGGCUGACACUAUGGGCGGGCAGAGUCCUCGCCAAGCUACUCCCUUGGCCCAUUGGUCUCGUUUCUAGUCUCUUCACCAACAACAGCAAGAAGUGGCGAGACAUGGGCAAGCAGCUCGAGCUCCCGGCUACCCUCUUCUUUUGGUGGCUGGCCAUUGAAAUCUCCUUUCUUCCCACCAUGACGAACCACCACCUCGAUGGCAACAAGGCAACCAAAGACUGGGAACGCGACAUGAACAGGGUGCUCGUUGCUCUGUUUGUCGGCUUUGUUCUCAACUUUAUUGAGAAGAUCAUCAUCCAGCUCAUUGCCAUCAGCUUCCAUCUCCGGACGUACCAGGACCGAAUUGAGCUGAACAAGUUCCAGAUUGGUAGCCUUGGCAAGCUGUACAAGUUCUCCAAGGAGAAGAUUGCCAUGGAAGACUCCGAGUUUGAGCAGAACGAGGAGCAUCAGCGGUCUGGCGCCCGCACGCCUGGCCAGGUCUUGACCGAAGCGCAGAAGAACAUCAAGGUCGGCUUCAACAAGUUUGGAGACAUUGCUGGAAAGGUUGCGGGUGACUUUACCGGUCGCCAGGUCACCAACAGUGGCCACCCCCACCAGGUUGUUUUGCAGCUCAUCAGUAGCACCAGCGGUGCCCAAGUGCUGGCCCGCCGUCUAUACCGAACCUUUGCCCGACCCGAAACCGAAACCGUCCACCCAGACGACCUCAACAAUGCCUUUGACAGCGACGACGAGGCCUCGGCCGCCUUUUCCAUGUUCGACAAGGACAUGAACGGCGACAUUUCGAUGGAAGAACUCGAAGCUGUUUGUGUUGAGAUUGGCCGUGAACGCAAAUCCAUCACUGCCUCGCUCAAGGAUCUCGAUAGCGUCGUCUCCAAGCUCGACGAUGUCUUCAUGUUUAUUGUCAUCAUCAUCACCAUCAUUGUCUUCAUCUCUCUCAUUUCGACCUCGGCUGCUGGUGUGCUUACAUCCGCUGGCUCGGCUCUUCUCGCCCUGUCCUGGCUCUUCUCGGCCACCGCUCAGGAGUUUCUGCAGUCGUGCAUCUUCGUCUUUGUCAAGCACCCCUACGAUGUCGGUGACCGUGUUACCAUCUACGGCAACACUGGUGAUCUCGGCCGCGGCGACGACUACUUUGUCAAGGAAAUCGCCCUCUUCUACACCGAGUUCAAGAAGAUGCAAGGUCACAUUGUGCAGGCGCCCAACAGCUACCUCAACACGCUCUUUAUCCUCAACCAACGUCGCUCUGGUGCCCUUGCCGAGGCCAUCCCCAUCAUUAUCAAGUUCGGCACCACACUCGAGCAGAUUGAGCGUCUCCGCAACACGCUCCUUGAAUUCGUCACGUCUGAAAAGCGCGAGUACCAGACUAACAUUCUCACCGAACUCCGCGCCGUGCAGGAAGUCCACUGGCUCGAGCUCAACAUUGUCUUCUUCUACAAGUCCAACUGGCAAAACGAACUGCUCAGGCUGCAGCGCCGCAACAAGUUCAUCUGCGCACUCACCAUGGCCAUUCAAGAAUGCGGCAUCGAGGGUCCCCGCAUGCGCUACCCCGGUCAGAAGGAGUCGUUCCCUGUCUAUCUCCAGAACCUGCAGAACCCAGCUACCCCUGGUGUUGGCAUCAAUGGUACUCCAGACCAGCCCAACGGUCACCUCCGCAACGAACCUCGGGACCAGCCGUUCGUCCCCCCUGCCAAUGGUGCUACCGACGGUGCUCCUCCCUCUGCAGGGACUGGCCCUACUCGUCAAGGCUCUAUCCUCCGCCAACCGGGUUCGCGCACCGCCCCCGAAACACUAUCCGCCAUGGGUCGCCGCGUCGACUUUUCCUUGGGCAUGAAAUCCAUCGGACUCGACGACCCCAGCGGCGACGUCCUCGACGACCGCGAAGCCGAAUCCCGGGCUCGCGCCACCGUCGCCCGCAUGUCAUCGCCCUCGGCCUCGCAGGAACGCAGCCGCAACUCGCAGGAAAGCGGCCGCAGCAGCGGCAUCCAGCGCGUCGGCACAAACGCCUCAUCUACCAUGCGCGAACGCACACACCGAAACCGCUUCUUCUUCUCCCGCGCCCGCCACGCCACAGACGAGGAAUCCGCCACCUCCGCCGUCAUGGCAGGCAUCCCAGAAGCAGACUACGACACCCCGCCUCGCACAAAUACCCUCGACCCCAGAUCGGGCCUUGUCUCUUCCCAAGCUAUCCGCGAAUCAGUCUCUCAGACGCGCCUCAGAGCAAGUAUCGAUGCACCGGGUGUCUCGGGCGCUAUACCGCCCCGCACAUCGGAUUCCGAACGCACCUUUAGUCCGCCUGUACGGUCGCGGACGGAUGGAAUUGAAAUGAGGAGGUUUCAUUAA